GCCUCCUUCUUUACCCGCCUCGACUACGCCCGCCUUGCAAUUGUCGUCUUGCUUCCAUGGCGAUGUCAACAUCUGUCUAACGCCCGACUGACGCCACCAGAAGCGCACUCAGCGCACUCAGCGCAAUGUCUCAGCCCAAGGCAACCGCCACUCGCGAGGAGAUCCGGGUCCUCCCUCCCAUCCCGGACAACUCGUCGUCCUCGCCGCUCAACCCCCCCGAUGUCGACUCGUUCCGAACGACCAACGCAGACGACACUGACGACUCCGAUCGGCUACCUCGAUAUGCGCAGGCGCAAGACGAGGCGAGCACUGGCUCCCGGUGGCGCUGGGUGCCUCAGCCGGUGCGCACCGUAGGCACAAAGACAGCGGCCUGGAUCCGCGGGCCUGCAGAGCCCAAGGACUGGAAGAUCACGCCCCUGCUGCCGGCCGUCCAGCAUGCGCCCAUCAAGCUCCUCGACAGGUUUCUCCCGCGCUACAAGCACCGCGUUUGGCUCUUCAUGGCCUUCUGCGCGGCCUGGAUCCUCACCUUCUCCCUUGUGCUGUGGUCCGGCCAGCAGGUCGCCGAGAUCCCCUACUGGGGCGAGCCGCAGGACAUCUCCUGCGGCACGAUCUACUGGUCGCGCAACAACGCCUGCGGGCUCGACGGCAUGGACUGCCGCCCGUUCAACAGCAGCGGGUUCCCCUUCCGGUGCCCGGCCAACUGCGCCUCGUACCAGACGCUCAACCCGCGGGCAGUGGGCGCGCAGGAGGUCGUCUAUGCGCCGUUCAUCGUCGGCGGGCCGAGCGCCGCCACGGACAACGUGCCCGUGUACCGCGGCGACUCGUACAUCUGCGGCGCCGCGAUCCACGCGGGCGUCAUCAACAACGCCCAGGGCGGCUGCGGCGUGGUGUCCAAGAUUGGCGCGGGGAGUAACUUCCCCGCGUCCGUGGCCAAUGGCAUCGCGAGCUUUGGCUUCGACUCGUACUUCCCCAUGACAUACGUCUUCACGCCGGUCGAGUGCAGCUCGUACGACCCCAGGUGGGCCGUCCUCGCCGUCUCCGUCGUCUUCACCACGGUGUUGGGCCUGUUCACCACGUCCUCGGCCGCGUUCUUUUUCGUUUCCUUCAUCGUGGCGUUCUGGCAGGUCGGCCUGGCGUCGGAUCCGCCCUCGACGAGCAGCACGGUGGCCAACUUCACCGACAUCCUGGGCAAGUUCUUGCCGUCAAUGUUCAUGGCCUGGGUGUUUUAUGACAAGAUGGGCGUGCGGCGCACUCUGCGCGGUCUGACCGCACAGGUUGAGAAAGUUGUUCUCUGGCUUGGGGGCCUCUGGGUCGGCGCGCUGACCAACUACACGUUUGACUUCAUCCCGAUCCAGCGGCUCACAGGCCACGACUUGCAGCAGCAGCCCGGCGCGAAGGCAGCGCUGGCCAUCAUUGUCAUUGUCCUGUUCUGCAUAAUCGUGAGCCAGAUCUGGUUCUUCCGACAGGAAGGUCGGCUGCUGAAGUACCUGCAACUCUACGGGCUGUUCAUCCUGUCUAUUGUGGUGUGUCUGGUCCUACCGAACCUCAACCUGCGCAUCCACCACUACAUCCUCGCGCUGCUCCUCCUGCCCGGCACGAGCAUGCAGACCCGCCCGUCGCUGUUGUACCAGGGUAUUCUGCUGGGAUUGUUUAUCAACGGCAUCGCGCGCUGGGGUUUUGACCCGUUUCUUCAGACCAGCUAUGCCCUGCAAGGAGACGCCCAGCUGGGUUCCGCGCUGCCCGUCCUCCUCCCACCCAGCAUUAACGCAACGCUCGGCCGCAUCGAGUUCACCUGGGACGCCCCGCCAGAUCCGAGCAUUGAUGGGAUCAGCAUCCUCGUCAACGAUGUCGAGCGGUUCCGGGGAUACUUUGACGACCCUGCGAACUCGUGGUUCGUCUGGACCCGGGAUGCCGAGAUCACGGGGAACGGCAGUACCAGCAUCGCGAGCACUGGUGGGCACAAGGGCUUCAACGAGUACUUCCGGUUCGGCUGGAUGCAGGGCACGUCGGAGUACGACUACACCAAGGCCGGCACGUGGGACGCUGAGAUGAAGUGGAUUCCCAUGGAGUCGGGCCCGUCGAAGAUCAAGCCUAGAGGUCUGGGACCGGACGGGACAAGGAUGCUGGGGAGGUAGCCGAGCAGAUCUUUUUAUGACGAUUAGCAGGCAUUCUUGAAUUUGGUGCAUAAACAAUGCGUACCUUAUAGUGUUGAACAUAUAUAAUAGACUCACUAAAGAGUGCUGUUCCAUGAG